GUCAGAGGAAAUAUAUUAUUAACAUUGGCUAUAGACCUCUUGGAAAAAGCCUCUACCAACCAUUUUCAAAACAAUUUUUAAAAAUCAACAAUCAUUUGGUAAAACAGCAAAUUAUGUAAGAAAAGAAAUACACAAAAAACGGUUUUCUUUCCCUUUGUCUCAAGGGUAGUUUUUCCUUCAGGCUGAAAUGAAUAUAGUUAAGAAUCAUUUAGAUGCAGGCUUCUUUAAUUACAAAGCCUGCUUAUUUGGCAUUUUCUCAAGUUACUCCCUCAGGCAGCUUGAACCAGUUAAACUAGAUCCUUUCAGCUCUUUGGAGCUUAUUGACAACCAGCCGUCUGGUUUCCUAGGAAACAAAACCUUGGCUAGAAAUAGUGAAUCAUUUCCAGGUCACUUUCAACAUGGAGAGUGGAGCAGGAAAGCACUGGACUGAGGAGGAGGUUAAAGCUUUGCUAAGUGUCUGGGCAGAAAAAAAUAUACGAAAACAACUUUAUGGAACACUAAGAAAUAAAGGAAUAUUUAUUUACAUUGCUAAAAGGCUGCAAUCAUUAGGAGUAUACAGAGAUUGGAAACAGUGCCGGGCUAAGUACAAAAAUCUCAAAUAUGAAUAUAGAACAGUUAAAUAUGCCCAUAACUCUGGAGACAGCUCUAAAACUAUGAAGUUCUUCCAUGAUUUGGAUGUAAUCCUACAGUAUGAACCUGCCACACAAUUUACAGAGGAAGAUGCAAAUGGCAGGUACCUGGAAAUGCUCAGCCCAAGUACAGCCCCAGAGACCACUGAAGGUAAAAUGUCAAUUGCAUCAGUAGAUAAGGAAGACGUCUCAGGAAAUCCUUUACUUCUGGUUUCUCAUGUCAGACCAAUGGAACUAGCAAAUGAAGGAGGAAAGCACUGGACUGUGCCAGAAGUCAGGGCUCUAAUAGACGUCUGGUCUGAUAAAAGCAUACAACGACAACUAGAGGGAACAGUGAGAAAUAAGAGGAUAUUUCAACAAAUUGCGGCCAAGCUUCAGAAAUUUGGAAUAGACAGAGACUGGAAACAGUGCAGAACAAAAUACAAAAACCUAAAACAUGAAUACAAGAUCGUAAGAACAGCUCAAGAUCUAGGCAUGACUAAGAGUAUGAAAUUUUUUACUGAGUUGGAUGCUAUUCUGGGACCCAAUAAAACAGAAAAAUCACGAGACCAGGAAUCCCAAGAUGGAGAACAUGUCACAGAAUGUGCCAACGUAAAAACGGGAGAGGACCAGACAGAAUUAUUUGAAGGUCACAACAAAAGCCAAGGAACUUUGAGCUUCAAGAGAAAAGCACAUGAAGAUGAACCAGUGUCUACAUCUCUUAAAAAAAGUGCUCCUGAGAUCAUUACAAAUCAGUUUCCUCAAAGCAUAAUAACAGAACCAAAAGAUUCUACAGAAUGUUUCUGCAGACAGGAAACCCAACUUCAUCAGAGUUCUGUCUCGCUUCCCGGCGCAGUCGCAGCCCUCAGCCCACUCAGGAUAAUGGCGACAGCUGAGGUACUGAACAUUGGUAAAAAAUUGUAUGAGGGUAAAACAAAAGAAGUCUACGAAUUGUUAGAUAGUCCAGGAAAAGUCCUCCUGCAGUCCAAGGACCAGAUUACAGCAGGAAAUGCAGCUAGAAAGAAUCACCUGGAAGGAAAAGCUGCAAUCUCAAAUAAAAUCACCAGUUGUAUUUUUCAGUUAUUACAGGAAGCAGGUAUUAAAACUGCCUUCACCAGAAAAUGUGGGGAGACAGCUUUCAUUGCACCCCAGUGUGAAAUGAUUCCAAUUGAAUGGGUUUGCAGAAGAAUAGCAACUGGUUCUUUUCUCAAAAGAAAUCCUGGUGUCAAGGAAGGAUAUAAGUUUUACCCACCUAAAGUGGAGUUGUUUUUCAAGGAUGAUGCCAAUAAUGACCCACAGUGGUCUGCAGAACAGCUGAUUGCUGCAAAAUUUUGCUUUGCUGGACUUGUUAUAGGCCAGACUGAAGUGGAUAUCAUGAGUCAUGCUACACAGGCUAUAUUUGAAAUACUGGAGAAAUCCUGGUUGCCCCAGAAUUGUACACUGGUUGAUAUGAAGAUUGAAUUUGGUGUUGAUGUAACCACCAAAGAAAUUGUUCUUGCUGAUGUUAUUGACAAUGAUUCCUGGAGACUCUGGCCAUCAGGAGAUCGAAGCCAACAGAAAGACAAACAGUCUUAUCGGGACCUCAAAGAAGUAACUCCUGAAGGGCUCCAAAUGGUAAAGAAAAACUUUGAGUGGGUUGCAGAGAGAGUAGAGUUGCUUUUGAAAUCAGAAAGUCAGUGCAGGGUUGUAGUGUUGAUGGGCUCUACUUCUGAUCUUGGUCACUGUGAAAAAAUCAAGAAGGCCUGUGGAAAUUUUGGCAUUCCAUGUGAACUUCGAGUAACAUCUGCGCAUAAAGGACCAGAUGAAACUCUGAGGAUUAAAGCUGAGUAUGAAGGGGAUGGCAUUCCUACUGUAUUUGUGGCAGUGGCAGGCAGAAGUAAUGGUUUGGGACCAGUGAUGUGUGGGAACACUGCAUAUCCAGUUAUCAGCUGUCCUCCCCUCACACCAGACUGGGGAGCUCAGGAUGUGUGGUCUUCUCUUCGACUACCCAGUGGUCUUGGCUGUUCAACCAUACUUUCUCCAGAAGGAUCAGCUCAAUUUGCUGCUCAGAUAUUUGGGUUAAACAACCAUUUGGUAUGGAGCAAACUGCGAGCAAGCAUUUUGAACACAUGGAUUUCCUUGAAGCAGGCUGACAAGAAAAUCAGAGAAUGUAAUUUAUAAGAAAGAAUGCCAUUGAAUUUUUUAGGGGAAAAACUACAAAUUUCUAAUUUAGCUGAAGGAAAAUCAAGCAAGAUGAAAAGGUAAUUUGAAAUUAGAGAACACAAAUAAAAUGUAUUAGUGAAUAAA